AUGUUCACUGCUUCUGCUCGAAGCCGUCUCUCCACCCUUUCCAGGCAACGGCUUCCUCCGACUUCUCUCCUCGCCCGCACGACUCUCACAAUGGCUCCUCGUCGAGCAGUAUCUUCCGUUCCUGAGGGAUACAAGGAGGACAUCUCCAAGGGCAAGAUGCUCCGAUUUGAAGACUCCCUCCCCCAACUCCCCGUUCCCACCCUGGAGGAGACCAGUCGCCGAUACCUGAAGUCUGUGCACGCGGUCGUGUCAGAGGCCGAAUACGCACGCACCAAGAGCGCUGUUGAGGCUUUCAUCCGCCCUGGCGGCCAGGGUGAGUCUCUGCAGAAGCGUCUCGAGGCCCGUGCUGCCGACCCCAAAAUUAAGAACUGGCUUGCCGAGUGGUGGAACCAGGCCGCUUACCUCGGAUACCGCGACCCCGUCAUUCCCUACGUCUCCUACUUCUACUCCUACCGGGACGACCGUGAGCGUCGCGACCCGGCUAAGCGCGCAGCUGCUAUCACUACCGCAGCUCUUGAGUUCAAGGCCCAAGUUGACGAUGGCUCAUUGGAGCCAGAGUACCUGCGCAAGGAGCCCCAGGCCAUGAGCUCUUACCAGUACAUGUUCAACUGCUGCCGUAUUCCCGCCGAUGGCGAGGAUUUCCCCGCAAGUACCCCGCUGGUUCCCCUCGUCGUGGACGGCCAGCAGCUCAAUGUCUCCGAGCUGGAGCAGCAGUUCGCGCGCAUCUACGAGAUCGCACAGCCCGCACCCCCUGUUGGUGUGCUGACUGUUGCAGACCGUGAUCACUGGACUGCUGCCCGCAAGACCCUUGUUGCUGCUGACGCCGCCAACGAGCUGGCUCUGCAGGACAUUGAGUCUGCUGGCUUCGUCAUUUGCUUGGACGAUGCCAAGCCCGUUACUCUUGCAGAGCGCGCAGAGCAAUACUGGCACGGUGAUGGCUCCAACCGCUGGUUCGACAAGCCUCUCCAGUUCAUUAUCAAUGACAAUGGAUCCGCCGGUUUCAUGGGCGAGCACAGCAUGAUGGAUGGAACCCCCACCCACCGCCUGAAUGACCACGUCAACAACCUUAUCUUCAACAAGAAAAUUGACCUCUCUGCCAAGUCUAUCCGCUCGCAGCUCGCGGACCCCAAGCCUAUCAACUUCAAGCUGAACGAUGCCUCCAACGAGGCCAUCGAUAUCGCGGCCCAGUACCACCGCAAGCAGAUCGCCUCCCACGAGCUCGUUGUGCAAGCCUACCAGGGCUACGGAAAGGGUCUGAUCAAGAAGUUCAAGUGCAGCCCCGAUGCAUUUGUUCAGAUGACCAUCCAGCUCGCUUACUUCAAGAUGUACGGCAAGAACCGUCCCACUUACGAGUCCGCCUCGACCCGCAAGACCACACCACCCCCCCGCGAGGAAGUCGUCAAGCUCUUCCGCGCCGCCCUCGCCCAGCACACCAAGUACACCCAAGAAGCCAGCUCCGGCCACGGUGUCGACCGCCACCUCUUCGGUCUCAAGAAGCUCCUCCAGCCCGGCGAGCAGCUGCCCGAGAUCUACCAAGAUCCCGCUUUCGCCUACUCCUCCUCUUGGUACCUAUCCACCUCCCAGCUCAGCUCCGAGUUCUUCAACGGAUACGGAUGGAGCCAGGUUAUUGAUGACGGAUUCGGAAUUGCGUACAUGAUCAACGAGAACAGCCUUAACUUCAACAUCGUCUGCAAGCGUCUCGGUGCCGAGCGCAUGAGCCACUACCUCAACGAGGCUGCUUCCGAGCUCCGUGAUCUCCUCAUGCCCGACCUCGCUGCCCAGCCCGAGAAGCCCAAGCUGUAG